CGCAAGGAAGCGGCCCUGGUGGAGCCGGCGGCGCGGCCCGGCCCGCAGCCGGUACCAUGUGCGCCGAACCCGCCCUGGUCGAGUACUUCGUUGUCGCGGGGCUGCCGCCGUCGGGGGCGGGGCCGGAGGAGGAGCCUCGGCCCAAGGAGCCAAUCACGGACGUGGCGCUGAUCGCGCGUGCGCAGGGGGAGGAGGCGCCGCUCGGGUACACGUGCAUCGAGGCCACGCCCACCGGGACUCCCGCGGAGCUGAGCGCGGGACUGCGCGAGCGGCUCUGCCUCUGCUACCGGAGGGGGAGGGACCGAGCGCCGCUCGUGGAGCUGGGGGUCCACUACGAGGGGGCGGAGCCGCGCGCGGGUCACGUGCUCGUGCGCACCACCCCCUACAGCCGGGGGGCGGCGCUGCGCGGGGGGGGCGCGGGGGCCCCGCGCGCGUUCCUGAGCUUCCGGCGCGCGCGCGCCCCCGCGGGGCCGGCGCUGCUCGGGGUCAGUGACCUCUGCCUCGUGGCGCCCGCGCGCGGCGAGAGCGCGCCCCAUGCGUACUGCAGGGAGGGGCGGAGCCUCAGCGCCGGGCCCUGGGGCCCUGCCCUAUACCUGUGCUACAAGCUCUCCAUGGCCAGCGCCAACACCUUGGUCUAUGAAGCAGCGCUGCUCAGCCGCUAUCCCGCCGAGGACACGGCCUCGUUUCCGCUGCCGGCCUCAGUUCCCGUCUUCUGCCUCCCCAUGGGGGCCACGGUCGAGAGUUGGCCCUCGGGGGCCCAGUUCCCAUUGCCUCUGUUCACCCCCUUCGUGCUCACCGGGGCCUCCGGAGACAAGGUCUACGGCGCCUCCCUCCAGUUCCACGAGUCGGUGUCUCCGGAGCGGCUGUCGGAGCGGCAGCUCCUGCGCCUGGGGCUGCUGAGCCUGGUUGAGCGGGUGCCGGUUCCCGGGCGCUCAGCCCACGGCCGCAGGAGCAUCGCGCUCCUCUCCCGCUGGCCUUUCUUCCGCGUCUUCCGCUCCUUCCUCACCUUCCUCUAUCGAUAUUCCAUCUCUGGGCCACAUGUGCUGCCCAUCGAGGCGCACAUCUCCCACUUCAUGCACAACGUCCCCUUCCCAUCACCGCAGCGGCCGCGCAUCCUGGUGCAGCUGUCCCCCUAUGACAGUGUCCUGCUCUGCCGGCCGGUGUCAUCCCCACUGCCGCUCAGCGGCGCAAGCUUCCUGAGCCUGGUUCGCUGUGUGGGGCCGGACACGGCUCUGGUCCUGCUGGUGGCUGUGCUGACUGAGCACAAGGUCCUGAUCCACAGCCUGAGGCCCCAUAGGCUGACCAGUGUGGGGGAGGCACUGGUGGCGAUGAUCUUCCCCCUGCGCUGGCAGUGUCCCUACAUCCCCCUGUGCCCCCUGCCCCUAUGGGAUGUGCUCAGUGCCCCAGUUCCCUUCAUCGUGGGGCUGCACUCGAGUUACUUUGACCUCCAUGAGCCUCCUCGAGACGUCGUCUGCGUGGACCUGGACACCAACACUGUGACCCCGAGCCAGGAGCGGAAGCUGCUGCCCCCCCGAGCGCUGCCCCGAAGGCCUUGCAAGGUCCUACAGAGCAGCCUGCAGAGUGUGAGCCGGGAGCUGCAGGAGAUGUACCCAGCUCAGGAGGAGGACGCAGCUCAGGAUGUGGAUCUGGACCUGGCUCUGGUGCUGGGUGAUGCCGGUACCGGUGGUACUGGUGGUACUGGUGUUACUGGUGUGACUGGUGACGCUGGGGGGCGCCGGGCGCAGCUGGAGCUGCAGGUUCAAGCUGCCUUCCUGCGGUUCAUGGCCUGUGUCCUGCGCGGCUACCGCAGCUUCCUGAGGCCUGUGCAGCUGCAGAGCCCCCCGGGGGGCAGCGACACACACAACCUGUUCGACAUGCAGGGGUUCCUGCGGUCCCGGGAGCGCGGGUACCACCGGUUCUACAGUCAGCUGCUGCGCACGCAGCUGUUCGCACAGUUCCUGGAGGAGUGUUCGUUUGGGGCCGACCGGGAGCCCUGCCUGGACUUCUUUGAUGCCUGCGUGGACAAGGUGCAGCCGGACCUGGAGAGGCCAGAGGACACCCCCCUGAUCGAGGUGGAUGAUGCUCGGGGGGGGGAGCGCACGGUGCUCAUCACCCCCCCAGAGCAACCGGUGGCCCCUGAUGGCUCUGAGCUGCCUGCACAGUACCACUAUGAUGGGUUCCCCACCCUGCGCCCCGAGCUCCUGGAGCCCCCCCGGGAGCCGCUGGUGGCUCAGCUGUGCCAGGCCAGGAGCAGUGCACCCAGCAGCCCUGCCCCAUGCAGGACACAGCAGGAGAUGAAGGCUGCCCAGCGCGUGGCCCAGAGGUCGUGUUCGGUGCCGGAGCUGUGGGGUCGGUUCCUGCUGGGUCACUGCUAUGGGCUCUGGUUCCUGUACCUGCCCAGCCACGUGCGUGCGGCUCCCGCGCGGCUGCCGGCUCUGCACCAGGCAUAUGGGGUCCUGCGGCGCAUGGAGAGGCACAAGGUGGUGCUGCCGGAUGAGGUGUGUUACCGGGUCCUGCUGCAGCUCUGUGGGCAGUAUGGGGAGCCUGUGCUCGCGGUCAGGGUGAUGCUGGAGAUGAAGCGCGCAGGCAUCGUCCCCAAUGCUGUCACCUAUGGAUACUAUAACAAGGCAGUGCUGGAGUCCAAGUGGCCCUCGGGUGCCCAGAGCGCUCGCCGGCACUGGGCCAUGCUCCGCAAUGUGGUGCUGGGGGUGGCAAGGUUCCGGCAGCCCCUGCGGCAGCGGCACCGAGCCAACGGCACCGCUCCUCCCCGCCCCCCCCUCCAUCGCCAGAGCACGUGGUCCGGCCCUCCCCCCCCCGCCCCCCCCCCAGCCCCACGGGGGCUGGGGGCCAAGCUCCAGCAGCUCCUGUCCCCUGCCAGGAGGGGCACGGGGCUGACCCCCCCCCGCGGCAGGGGCGGGGGGACCCCCCCCCAGAGGAGCAGUGGGGGGACCCUGAGGGCAGCGGAGAGACCUGAGUCUGAGAGCUCCUCCUCCCUGGGCAGUGACCUGGACCUCUCCGACCCCUCUCUGGGCAUCUCCGGCAUUCCCAAACCCUCCGAUCCCGACGUGGCUCUGGAUGAGGACCCCCCUGCUGUGGAGGUGCUGCUGUCCAGCUGCUCGCGCUGCCCUGGCUGUGGGGCUCUGGUGUAUGAUGAGGAGGUCAUGGCCGGAUGGAGCUCGGAUGAUUCCAACCUCAACACCACAUGUCCCUUCUGCACCCGCUGCUUCCUGCCCUUCCUCAGCAUCGAGAUCCGGCACUUCCAGCAGGGACACGGCCCCCCCGAGCCUGGCCCCUCCCCCCCCCCGGGUCCGGUGCUCAGUGACCGCAGCCGCUGCCUGGCGCUGGAUGAGAGCGACACAGAGCAGAGCAAUGGGAGCGACCAGGCUGUGGUGCGUCGGGAAUGUGCCUCCUUCGCCUACCUGAGCCCCCUGGUGCUGCGCAAGGAGCUGGAGCGAGCGCUGGAGGCCGAGGGGGGGGCGGCGCUGGCGCGAGCGGCUCUAUGGGGCGCGCGGCCCAUCCUCUUCUGGAACCUUCUGUGGUGCUUCCGGCGCCUGGCGCUGCCCUCGGGGCUGCCCCGACUGCUGCUGCCCCAUGGAACACAGCUGCCCCCCUCGGGCUCCGUCCGCGUGCGGCUCCUUUGGGACGUCCUGACCCCAGAGCCUGACACCUGCCCCCCCCUCUAUGUGCUCUGGCACCUGCACAGUAAGGUCCCCACACGGUUCCCAUCCCCCCUGCCCCACGGUCAUCCCUUUACCUUGGCCUUCCUGGAGGCUGUUCUGAGCCAUGUGGGGCUGAGUGAGCUGCACAAGGCUAUAACCCUGCUCCUGGACACCCCCGGGGGGGCCCUGCCCCCACAGAGGAGCAUCUAUAGGGAGAUCCUGUUCCUGACGCUGGCGGCACUGGGCAGGGAGCACGUGGAUAUUGCGGCCUUUGACCGUAAGUACCGCUCUGCCUUCACCCGCCUGGCCGGUAACCGGAGCCUGGAGCAGCUGCGGCUCCGCCGAGCGCAGCCCCCCAGCCCCAAAGCCAUUGACUGCAGGAAGAGCUUCGGGCCCCCCCCCGAGUGCUGAGGGCAACGCUAUGGGGCGCCCCAUAGGAACAAUGGGGCACGUCCUCUGUGGGGAGUCCCAUAGAGACAAUGGGGCACGUCCUCUGUGGGGAGCCCCAUAGAGACAAUGGGGCACGUCCUCUGUGGGGUGCCCCAUAGAGACAAUGGGGCACGUCCUCUAUGGGGCACCCCAUAGAGACAAUGGGGCACGUCCUCUAUGGGGCGCCCCAUAGGAACAAUGGGGCACAUCCUCUGUGGGGCGCCCCAUAGAAACAAUGGGGCACAUCCUCUAUGGGGCGCCCCAUAGGGAUAUGGGGGGACUUCGUCUAUGGGGCGCCCCAUAGUGACAAGAGGGACCCCCUCUGUGGGGCACCUUCUCUAUGGGGCACCCCAUAGGGAUAAGGGUCACCUCCUCUAUGGGGUGCCCCACAGGAAUAAGAGGGCACCCUCUCUAUGGCAUGCCCCAUAGGGAUAAGGGGGCACCCCCUCAAUGGGGUGCCCCAUAGGGACAUGGGGCACACCCUCUAUGGGGCACCCCAUAGGAAAAAGAGGGCACCCUCUCUAUGGUGUGCCCCAUAGGAACAAGGGGGCACCCCUUCUAUAGGGCACCCCAUAGGGACAAGGGGCACCCCCUCUAUGGGGCACCCCACAUCUAUGACACCCCAAUGCUUUUAGAGCAGUGCCAAUGGAGUUGUAUUUAUUACCCCCCCCUUGUGCUGGGGAGGCUGCACCCCUAUAGCCCCAUAGCCGCUAUGGGGCCCUGCACCCCUAUAGCCCCAUAGCCGCUAUGGGGCCCUGCACCCCUAUAGCCCCAUAGCCGCUAUGGGGCCUGCACCCCUAUAGCCCCAUAGCCGCUAUGGGGCCUGCACCCCUAUAGCCCCAUAGCCGCUAUGGGGCCCGCACCCCUAUAGCCGCUAUGGGGCCCUGCACCCCUAUAGCCCCAUAGCCGCUAUGGGGCCCGCACCCCUAUAGCCCCAUAGCCGCUAUGGGGCCUGCACCCCUAUAGCCCCAUAGCCGCUAUGGGGCCCGCACCCCUAUAGCCCCACACCCUAUGGGGUUUGGGGUCACCCCAUAGGGGCUGUGUGGGGUGCAGGCCCCCCCCAUGUAAAUAAAUGCUGCUGUGGCUUUUC